GCAGCAGAAGAAGCGGUGGUGGCGGCGCGUUGCGCGAGCUCCUCCAGCCCGCCCGUCAGCCAGCCCUUGGGCGGGUUUCCUCGCGAUGCUGCUCCCGCCGCCGCCCUCGUCGCUGGCUCAGGCGCUGGCGCCGGGCGGCUCUGCCGGUCCCGGAGCACGAGCAGCGGGGCCGGAGCUUGAAGACGCGGCCGGCCUUCGCGAGCAGCAGCAGGACGAAGAGGCGGCGGAACGAGGCCGCGCGGGGGCCAUGGCCGGAUGCACCCAACGCGUGCCGGCGGGGACCAACCUCGAGCCGGACGGGGCGUCGUCCGAGGCGGAGGCCGCUGCGUCAGCUGCCCAAGAAGCGCGUGAGGACGCCUGUCCCCGCUGGGGAGCUCAGCAUGCCGGAGCCCGGGAGCUGGCCGAGCUCUACUCGCCCGGGAAAAGGUUGCAAGAAUGGAUCAGUGUCAUCUUAUGUUUUUCUCUGAUGGCUUUCAACUUCUACAAUCUCAUCUUCUGCGUGAGAUGGGAGCAUGCCUUCUCUGUCGUUGCUGGGAUACUUGCAGGAGUCAUCACUGCGGACUUCGUCUCGGGUCUCGUGCACUGGGGAGCGGACAGCUGGGGAUCUGUGGAGCUGCCAAUAGUUGGAAAGGCCUUUAUCAGACCUUUCAGAGAACACCACAUUGACCCAACAGCAAUUACCAGACAUGACUUUAUAGAGACCAAUGGGGAUAACUGCAUGUUGACCGUGGUUCCACUAGCAAACAUGGCCUACAAACUGGUUUCUUUAUCGCCAGAAGCAUUGCACCAAGCAUGCCCUUGGGAGUGUUACGUCUUUGCCCUGGCUGUAUUUGUAACCUUGACGAACCAGAUUCACAAGUGGUCUCACACCUAUUUUGGUCUUCCUUCCUGGGUCGUCUUUCUGCAGGACUGGCACAUCAUCCUGCCACGGAAACACCACAGAAUCCACCACGUUUCUCCGCAUGAAACCUAUUUCUGUAUUACGACAGGCUGGCUCAACUAUCCAUUAGAGAAAAUCGGAUUUUGGAGGUUCCUGGAGAAUAUCAUUCAAAGACUGACAGGAGAAAAACCUAGAGCAGACGAUAUGAAAUGGGCUCAGAAAAUUAAAUAACUCUGACAAGCCUCUGCAGUGCUCACAUCUGUUGCCAAUAUUUUUAAAUGAGAAAAAAAAGCCAUCAGCCAAAUUAAAGACUUGCAAAGAAAUAAUGGACUAAAGCACAAUGCUUUUUUUUAAAAAAAGUGCUAACAGACUGCAGUUAAAGGACUCAUUCUUCAAAAUAAUACUUGAAAUGCAAAUGGUUUUUCCACUUGCACUGAGCACCUUCUGUUAGCCGCAUCUACUGAUGUUGAACGCACUCGUCCUUGAGUCUCAAAAGCCAUUAGUUGGAGAAGACAGUCUGUGACUUCUAGUAAGAUAAUGUCAGUGGCACAGUAGAAAGCAAAAAUAAAAUGUGUUGUAUCAACAUGAAUUACCACUUUGAAAGUAGUUUCAGACCGUGUGGGAUAACAAAAAGAGAGCAAGCAAGCACUAUGUCUUUUAAGGAGCGGAUCUAGACUUACUGCAUGAAAUCCAGCCGGGAGAAAGGGAGUCUGUGAAACUGUCACUAUUUAGUGCUUGGUACACCAGCCAGUUGCUUCAUCUUGCUGCCAUGUCCCGUCCUAGUCUGCAGUGUGCAACAGAGCAUUUGAGAGUCUCACUCUGCUAGUGGAUUAAAGGAUCCUUUUAAUGUUGUCUUUCUCCUGAAAUAAACAAGUGUUCUACUCCUUUUCCCUUGAUAAUUCAAGCAGACCAUUGCUGUGUAAGCCUGUGACUACCUUGACAGCAAUCAUGGGUUGGGGUGGGGUGGAUUAAAGCAAGAGUAUAUUUUGUGGAAAUGUCCAAGAUCAACACUAGUGUUAGGUCAUUUUAGUGUUCAGUGAUGCGGAGCGGGGAUCCCUCUCAGUAUGAUUUCAUCUUCCAAUAAUUACUGUUAAAAAGUAGUUCUAGAAAACUGGGCACAUCCAUCAGUUUAUAUCUUAGAAAAGGAUAGGUUAAUGGUGUGUAUUAAAGGUGCUUGCUCAUUCAUGUAAAUAUUUAUAAAGCCUUAAUCUUUCCCCC